AUGGCAGCUGCUCCCAGUCGACAAACUCAACGAAUACAAAAGGAUUUAACCGCAUUAAAUGAAAACCCCUUACCAUUCAUUCAAAAUCUAAACUUAGCAUUUAACGAUGGUGGUAAUGAAUUAACUGGCACAUUAAUCGGUCCUGAUAAUACUCCAUAUGCUGGUGGCCAUUUUCGUUUUAUAAUAAAAUUUCCGCCUGAAUAUCCAUUUAAACCACCUGAAUUUGACUUUAUUACGGCUGUAUGCCAUCCAAAUAUUCAUUCGAAAACUGGAACCGCAUGCCAUGAUCAACUUAAUGCUACAUGGGCGCCAAGCAUUACACUCAGUAAAUUAUUAACCGAAAUGCGUUCAUUAUUGGAAAGACCAAACUACGAAAUACCAAUUGACGAAGAUCCACUACUUGAUAAAAAUCAAGAAAAAGCUCGUCUAUGGACACAACAAUUUGCUCAACCGUAA